AUUUUGCACCAAUGCUCUGACCACGCAAAGCUCAGCUCUAUUUCUCUUGGCUGUUUCUUGGGCUCUUGGCCGACAACAGAUUCUUGUUUUGGCUCUGCUAAAUAAGGUGAGAACGACGACUAAUAAACACUAAGUCAAUAACGUCAACAUUUGUCGGUGAUUCUCUUUCCUUGCAGACAAAUUCUUUUGCUUUGAUACCAUCUGUUUCCCCCACAUCUAGCUCCGCAGACCCUGGUUCUCUACGUCUUACACUUUGUUGACUCGGGAGCGGAUUGAGCCAAUCGACCACGGGCUGACAAUACCCUGCGCCGCACAUCGUACCUUCUCUCAGAAUAUAUUUCGCGUUGCGCCAACAGCUCAGCCUUUGAGCCAGCCUUUCAUUCUCAAAUUCCAAGAACUACCUCAAGUCGCGAUUGAAUAUGGCUUCCCAUCUUAGGGAUGAUGUGCUUUACGGUCGCGACCACCCCGAUACGCAUGCCUCUGCAAACAGAUGGCGCCACCAGGAAUCGGGCUCCUUUGCCAGGCAUGUAGCACCGCGCGAAGCAGACGAAAGAGGCGGAAGCAAAGAUCUUGCAGAAUUCCUCAAUACUACGAGACUUGAACCUCCCAAAUCCGCAGGCUCUGGAGGAAGAUUCCAACCGAUUAUGGUAGCUGGCAAUGUCCAGAACGGUGCUGCUGGGAUGGAGGGAAUGGAUGCACAAAAUGAUGGGGCUGCAAAUACACCAAGUACCUAUGGGUCCUUAGAUGUGAGAUGUGGACCGCUGCUCAAUUAUCGGCGCAUGGAGAACAAGAAUUGGUAUGGCAGUGUCCUGAUUGUCACAAGGGGUGGAGGAUUGAGAGAAAGUCCUGUGAUUCCUGAGUUACAUUUACGGUUUGAUCGAGCCCGAUUGAGCCAGGAAAUAUCAGACGAGAAUGCGAAUGGAGUUUCUACAGAGGCAUAUGGAGUUGUCAAUGGUGUCGAUUACAGGAACGGACAUCAAGAGGAAGCCCAGCAACAUGAGCCGAUUAAUGGGACAGGCAGUAAUGGUACCAAUGUUGUUGAGAAUGGCAGUGGAGAGUCCAAAAUUUCUGGCACCAAGUUAUACUCCGAUCCUUCCAACACUUUCUGGCGUUUCGACUUGAAAGUUCCGAUGCAGAAAUUCGAGUUGCAUUGCCACUAUGAAAUACCUGGGCUGAGCUUCGAAACUGGCGAAAAGAACGAUAAACAGAGCUUCUUUGUCCCUGCCAUCUCGCAAUCAAUGAGGAUUAUGUUUCACUCUUGCAACGGAUUUUCGGUAGGAACAGACGAAGAAGCUUGGAGCGGAGCAGCACUUUGGAAUGAUGUGAUUCGAGUGCAUAAGAGAGCCCCAUUUCACGUAAUGCUUGGAGGUGGUGACCAGAUCUACAACGAUGGUAUUCGAGUUAAUGGGCCUCUGAGGCCUUGGACCGACAUUGGAAACCCCAUCAAGAGAAGAGAGUUUCCUUUUCCAGAAGAUCUGAGGAAGAAAUGUGAUGAGUACUAUGUCGAAAAUUACAUCCGAUGGUACGGAACUGAGCCAUUUGCGAGCGCCAACGGGCAGAUUGCUCAGCUCAACCUGUGGGACGACCAUGACAUAAUUGAUGGUUUUGGGUCAUAUGUCGAUGAGUUCAUGCGCUGUUCGGUCUUUCGAGGCAUCGGAGGAACGGCUAACAAGUAUUAUUUGCUCUUUCAACAUCAUUUGGCACCACCACUGUCAACUUAUACUACAGAUGCUCCACAAACUACGUCCGAUGAUGGGGUUGGUACCGAUCCACGACAAUUGGAAAAUACAUUUGUGCUGCAGGAAGAGAAUAUUGAUUCCAGCUACAUCAUCGGUUCUAAGCCAGGACCCUACGUUGCAGAACACUCACGUAGCAUAUACGCUCGCCUUGGAGCCAGGAUAGCAUUCUUCGGUAUAGAUGCUCGAACAGAACGAACCCGGAAACAAGUCAACUAUCCGGAGACGUACGAAAUCAUCUUCACUCGCCUCCGCAAAGAAUUAGCCGAGGCAAAGGCUUCUUCAACCCCUAUUCAACAUCUAGUUGUGCUUUUAGGCAUCCCAAUCGCUUAUCCGCGUCUGACUUGGCUGGAAAAUAUCUUCUCGAGUCCAUUGAUUGCUCCCAUCAAAUUCCUUAAUAAGAGGUUUGGAUUUGGUGGUAGCUUCUUCAAUCACUUCGAUGGAAGUGUCGAUUUACUAGAUGACCUAGACGACCACUAUACUGCCCGUACCCACAAAAAGGAGCGUCUUUUUAUCGUGCAGCAAUUACAAGCACUUUCUGCCGAAUUCUCGGUCAGAAUUUCAAUCCUAGGAGGCGACGUACAUCUAGCUGCGGUUGGUCGGUUUUAUUCCAAUCCCAAACUCAAUGUCCCUGUUGCCCAAGACCAUCGAUACAUGGCGAAUAUUAUAUCAUCGGCUAUUGUAAACAAGCCGCCACCACAGGCCGUAGCAAACCUGCUCGCCCGUCGAAACAAGAUCCACCAUCUCGACCAAAAUACUGACGAGACUCUGAUGAACUAUUUCGACAGGGAUCCGGGGACUUCGAAUAAAACCGCCAAUUUUAAUCACGUUACGAUGCCAAGUCGAAAUUGGGCCAUGAUCACUGAGAAUGCUGCAGCCAUGGUGGAUGGAAAUGUCCCAAACGGGCACUCAGUAGAAGGAGAUUCCCUCAGGCAAUUGACACCACCUGCUAAAGAUGGCCAUUCAUGUUUGCACGACGGUGAGGUCAACGCGGGAACGAAACAUAAAGCUGCGGAUGAGGCUCAACAUGGGUUAGGGUCCGACGGAAGCCUCGACGUUACAAUCAGAGUCGAAAAGGACCAGCACAGCAAGGAAGGCUUGACCGAACAUUAUGGCAUGACCAUUCCACUCUUGGCAUAUGAUGGCGCAGCAGAGAACACAUUGAGGAAACGAGAUGCUAUCCACGGUGCGGUUGCUCAACGAAUCCCCAUGUAGGCCCAGGUUUUGAAUAUCUGGAUGGUUGAGAAUAGGUAGUACUUAGCAUAAUGAUGGUGACGACACAGAGCUGUACUACUUUCGGCGGUUGUCUGAAUAGAACGGCGGUAAUUAUGUGUAGAUAUCCAUUUGAUUUGUAAAGAUAGCUUGACACUACAGGCCUUUUAGUCCCUUUCAUGCAAGACCUUAUUAAAAAUUAUUCCGCAAAAUAUAUCGUGG